CUUGUGAGUGCCCGGCUUCACGCACCGCGGGAAGUACGGGGUCGAGUAUGAUACGAGUCCCUGCAUUAGUCCCUUUCUAUUGUCCCUGCAUUUCUAUCAUCUUGGCCCACUACCAUCUUUCUCAAGAUGCACCGAUGCUGCAAAUUCUGCACCGCUCAAGGCAAGUUAGCGAUCGAUAUGCACCUUCGGGUUCUGGGGCACCUCGGAACCAUCCACAACCACAACUUAGAGUGUGCAGGGGAGGCGCAGUGAUCCAGUUUCCAGCCCUAAGCGCUGUCAUACAAUAAAGCAAAGCUCCAGGCAUCAGUUCAAGUCUCCAGGACCUGAAACUUUCACAACGGACCAAGCAUAUGUACUAGAGUGAGCCACAGCGGAUAGACCUUCCAGAACGCGGAUGGGAAAAACUUCUA